GACCUUUCAAGAGAACCAGACGUAGACAAGUUGGCGUCGCGUGUGCAGGAGGUUCGCCAGGAAACUGACGGGGAGACAGACGAAGAUGAGGAUCGAGAUAAGGAUGGAGAGGAUGGGGAGACAGACGGAGAUGAGGAUGGGGAUGGAGAUGUGGGUAGAGAUCAGGAUGGGGUGAAAGGUGGAGAUGAGGAUCGAGAUAAGGAUGGAGAGGAUGGGGAGACAGACGGAGAUGAGGAUGGGGGUGGAGAUGUGGGUAGAGAUCAGGAUGGGGUGAAAGAUGGAGAUGAGGACGAAGUGGAUGGGGGGGAACACGUUUUUCUGCAGUUGUUGGUCAACGCCUAUGGUAAAAACCAAAUUCGCGGGCAGUAUCAAGGAGCAUUUAAAGGAAAAUUUAAAGGGAAGACAAUGGAAGAAUUGUCGUGGCGAGGUAUCAUUCGCUUGUGGUACCAAAAAAACGGAACGAUGGUGUGCGAAUGCGACGGAAAGAAAGCAAAGAACACGGACUGGGCGAUGAUAAGACAUAUUGAAAGAACUGCGCACGAUUUACAAACCGGCAUACCGUUUGUGUUCGUCAAACCAUAG